AUUAGGGAUGAAAGAGAGAUUAGCACGGCAGGAGAGCUGAACUCUUUUUUCUCCAUCUCCGUUGGCAAGCCAGUGUAAAGGCAGAAGAAUUACACAGAUAUCAAGAAAUCAGUACUUCAGUAUUCCUCAGGAUGGCUGAUCCAGGUAUUUUCUCCCCUGUACCCAGCAAGUUACCAGUUUCAAGAUCCUUUUCAAUCCUCUGAAGCAGAUUUCUACUUGGAUACAUGCUCCUAAUCAGCUUACAAGCUUCUCUUGACCUGUGCUUCCCUUCCUAACGCUGAUCUGACUAUGGCUGUCCUCAAAGUAAAAUUCACCAAAACUAAGAGGGACAAAUUGGCUCAGAUCUUAUGGAUCCUCAACUGGUUUUCUGUAGUGAGCGGGAUCAUUCUCUUCAGUCUUGGCCUCUUUCUGAAAAUAGAGAUCAAGAAGCGCAAUGAAGUGAUGGCUAAAGGGGACAUAAACUCUGUCCCCAACAUGCUGAUCUCCGUAGGGGUCAUAGCAUGCAUCAUCAACUUUCUGGGUGGCAAAAUCUGCUAUGACUGCUCAGAUGCCAACAAAUUCUCGCGAUGGAGACUAGUUAUGCUCCCAUACAUCGUAUGUACCUUCUGCUUUACCUUCUGCAUCCUGGUGGGUGCUCUCAUGUGCUAUACCAUGAGGAACGAGCUGGAAGAGUCUCUCUAUCUGGGACUGAGGGAUGCUAUAAAGUACUAUAAGGACACUGACAUACCUGGACGAUGUUUCUUAAAGAAAACAGUGGAUAUGUUACAAAUUGGAUUCCGAUGCUGCGGUAACAACGGCUUUAGAGACUGGUUUGAAAUUCAGUGGGUAUCUGCUCGCUAUCUGAAUAUGGCUUCCAAGGACGUUAUGGACCGUCUGAAGAGCAACGUCGACGGCAAGUUCUUGGUGGAUGGAGUACCCUUCAGCUGCUGCAACCCCAGCUCCCCGCGGCCCUGCAUCCAGUACCAGCUGACAAACAACAGUGCUCACUACAACUACGAUUUUCUGACGGAGGAGCUCAAUAUCUGGAUGAAGGGGUGCAGAGAAGCCCUGCUGGAUCACUACACAGCUAUUAUGAGAUCCAUCGGUAUUGCAGCAUUGCUUAUUUGGUUGUUUGAGCUCUCGGUACUUAUUGGUGUCCGGUACCUACAAACAGCAAUGAAGAAUGUCCUUCUGCUGGGAGAUUUGGAGGGUGAAUCAGAUGGUUGGUUACUAGAAAACAGCUUUGUGGAAACUGCCAAAUACAACAUCAACAUCAUUAAGAACCUCGGCAAAGCCAACCAGAUCUCCACUGUCUCAGGCAUGGACGACCCCAACAUUGAUGUUCACACAAACACAAACUGUGGCAAAAACAACGUUACAACAAAAUCUAUCCCAGCUGCCAGCUAG